AACACUUAGCUAAACCAUGCAAUGAGGAAGUGUAAGUUAGCACUACUCAAGCAAGGCGGAAAAGUUCGGCUGCGCAUGCGCGAAGCUAAACCGUACAAUAGGCAGGUCGAGAGUGACGUAGAAGCUCCAUCAGCGAAUCACGAGCGUCCGAUAGCGGAAAAGAGUGAAUACAGAGCUGUUGCAGCAGUACCAACAUGUUUGUGUAGCAUACUACUUAUUUAGGUCUGCACAUUAGCUGUUAAUUAAUUUGCUUUUACCAGUUUUAUUUACUAAAAACUGAAAUGAAGACACUACUUGUAGGAGUUGGCGGCAAUGUGCACUGUUUUUCAUUCAGGAUGACCAAUGGAGGAAAAUCUACUCUUUCUAGGAGUCUACACCAGAAGAUACCCAACAGCUGUCUCAUUGCACAGGAUUCAUAUUUUAAGCAAAGCUAUGCCGACUAAACUUAACCAAGAGGCUGUGAACGACAGACCUGUGAUCGGUAUUUUGACUCAGAUAGUUACAGAUGACGUCCUGAAACCUUUCGGGAGGACCUUCAUACCUUCCUCCUAUGUGAAAUUCAUCGAGUCUGGAGGCAGCAGAGUGAUGCCUAUCAGGUUGACUCUUAAUACUGCUGAAUAUAAAAAAAUCUUCGAGAAGAUAAAUGGCUUGCUCUUCAUCGGGGGAGCAGUAGAUUUGGAGACAUCAGACUUUGCCAGGGUGGCGAAGAUUUUUUACAGCCUCGCUCUGAAGGCCAAUGAUGAGGGUGACUUCUUCCCCAUCUGGGGUACAUGCAUGGGAAUGCAGCUACUGACUGUGCUGGUGGCUGGUGAAAAUCUGCUGGCUAACACCACAGCUGAGAACAUAGCGCUGCCCCUCAACCUGACCACAGAGGCCAGCUCUAGUAGGAUGUUUGAGGGUUUUCCCAAUAAGUUCAUGAGGGCUUUGACCAAAGAACCUCUCACUGGCAAUUUUCACCACUAUGGACUCACAGUAGAGACCUUCCAGGAAAAUGAGAAGCUGCGGAGUUUCUUCUCUCUGCUGUCUACAAAUGUUGCUGAGAACGAAGUCCACUUUGUCUCAACCAUAGAAGGUAAAAGAUACCCCUUCUAUGGAGUACAGUGGCACCCAGAGGUGAAUCGUUUUCAGUGGAACAGAAAGCUGAACUUUCCGCACUCCGCUCAUGCUGUUCAGUUGUCUUCCUUGCUGGCUGAGUUUUUUGUCAAUGAAGGAAGGAGAAGUUUACAUCAGUUUGACAAUCCUGAGGAAGAGGCCUCGUCACUGAUUUACAACAAUACGCCUGUCUAUGCUGGAAACUUCACAGGAUAUGAGCAGCUCUAUUUCUUCUGAAAUCCUCUAGUGUUUCUGUCUGUGUGUCACUCUGUGCAUGUACAAUACAUGUACACUUACAGUCUAUGGUACAGCACAACACUUUAUAGUCGAUGGUGGUUUUAAUCACAGCUAGGCCUCUAAACAAAUACUUGUAUUUUUGUUGUUGCUAUUAAAGUGCUUAUUUGCAUAAAUAAACUCAUUGUUUUCAUUUUGGCGAUAAAC